AUGAUUUUUUAUAAAAGUUUGCCACCUGAAGUAAGUUUACAACACUUUUUUAUCCAUCGGCAUUUGCACUAAUAAGGAUUAACCGCAUUAAUAUCUGCGUUUUUAGUUACUUUCUAUUUUUAGCUAUGGCUACGUGUAAUCGAUCAUAUAGAAAACAUGGAAGAGUUUUGUAGGGUUGCAGCACUUGAUAAGUCAUUCUACCGACUAAUAAACACUGACUUUCGAAGUCUGUGUUAUAAAAACUUGGUAUACCGUCUUCGUGGUGAAACCUGGGCAGAAGCUUUUUCGCUGUAA